UGAAUCAUAGGCUUUUCUUUUAAGGCUCUCCUUUAGUUGUUUUUUUGUAAUGUUUUACCCUGAUACUGUCAUAGGCCAAGUUACUCUGGGUCAGUGUUGGACACACUUACGCUAUCUUUCAUUAAGUCUUGCAUUAUUCAGGUUUUGAGUAGCCGCACAAUGGCAGGUGCAGGGAGAACCCUGGUUGUUUUACAGACUAGACAUGGUGAGAUGUUCUUAGAGGAGAGGAGGCCUGGGCCUGGUGAGUGGCAACUGGGGGAGGAACAUAACAUCACAGCUGUAUUCACAUCAUACCAGGAGCCUGCCCUGUAGUGUCCUUGGUGCAGUUGCCACUGGCCACACCUCAUUUCUGCCUUCUCAUACUUGACACUUAGCAGAAUCGUCAUUUCAUCUGUCAGUUCUGGCUCCUGUCUGCCUUUACCUUUGUGGCCUCUCUUGGUCACUUCUGCACUGCUCCCUCUGCAAUGUUCUCCCUCUGCACAUGUAUCAUGAGUUGUACACAUAUCCUUAAAUAGUCCUUGAACACCAGCUACUCAGUUCCAGUUGAAUUUUACCGUGGUAUGACACAACCAGCCUUGCCUACAGCUGAAGAUGGUUGGUGGAGGAACAAGUUGGAGACCUUGCCUCAACUCCACAUGAUAUGUAUCCCAUUCUCAUGUCCUUUGUCUGGUGAGGUCCCCCCUAUUCUACGAUCUUCAAAGGCCUGCCCACUGAUGCCAAGCAGCUGCUUCCUCAGUCUGCCACCAAAUCCCCUGUUUUUAGAAAAAACCUCUGACUCAUUCUUUGUUGUGUCUGACACACCUUUGUAAUGAGGAUUCCCUCUCUUACCUCCUACCAAAGUCAACAUGCAUUUCUUUAGCGUUUCUCUGCUUUCAAGUUGUUGGCAUGGAACAGAAGAUGAGGAGGCCUCUUCUGAGCAGAGUACAUCUGUAGAAGGAGAGUCACAGGUCAGGGCUUCUAAGGCAGGUCCAUCCACCCAGAAGACCCACCCCUGUGAAAUGUAUGUUUCAGUCUUAAAUGAUAUUUUGCACCAAACUGAACACCAAACAAUACACUUUUUGCACAAACAACACUUGGGUGGCACGUGUAUGAGAUGCUUCUGUUUCUGUGCAAAUCUUCAAUGGCAACAGGCAUGACAGUGGAGAGAAGCCCGGGAAAAGACAAUGUGGACAAGGCCUCAUUUGUGAGAAGCUGCAGCUUCCUUGUGUCAGAGAAGCUUUUCACCUGUAGGGAAUUUGGGGAUAACUUUCCAGCCACCUUGGGCCUUCUCCAGCAACAGGUCAUUCCCAACAGUGAGGAGCCACAGAGUGGCAGUGAAAGUGGGCAGGCCUUUCACAGUGAAAAAAGUCCUCACAAUAAGUGGGAUAAAUGUGAAAAAGUUGCCAGCCACAACCACACACUUAUUCAAGACCAAAGGGUCUGCUCUGAAGAAGCACUUUAUGAAUUUAACAAAUGGCAAUGGCAACUACAGACUCGUUCAGCACCAGAAAAUUCACCCUGGACAAAGGCCAUAUGAGUAUGGUGAAUGUGGGAAAUUCUUGAGCCAAAUUUCUGGCCUUGUUAAACACCAGAAAAUUCACAGUGGUACGAAGUCUAACAAAUGCCCAGAAUGUGGAAAAAUAUUUACCCACAUCUUUAGUCUUAAAAAACACUGGAGAGUUCACAGAGGAAAAGGAACUUAUGAAUGCAAUGAAUGUGGGAAAGCCUUUAACCACAAAUCCAAACUCAUUCACCACCAGAGACAAUACACUGGAGGAAUGCAUUAUAAGCGUGAUGAAGAUGAAAAGUCCUUUAGCUACAAAUCCAACCUCAUUGAACACCAGAGAGUUCACACUAAAGAAAGACCUUAUGAAUGCAGUGAAUGUGGGAAGUCCUUUAUACACAGUUCUAGCCUUGUCCGACACCAGAGAGUUCACACUGAAAAAAAGCCUUAUGAGUGCAGUGAAUGUGGGAAACCAAAAGUCAGAUCUCCUCAAUCUGUAAAUUGUCGGAACUACAUUGCCCAGGAUGUUCCGAAUCGAGCAGCAGCGCUACCCAAUGAGAGCUUAGGAAGAGGAGGCUACGUGACGUGA